CUCCUCAGCAGCGGCGGCAGAGCCGGCUGUGCUAGCGCGCAUGCUCGGCGCGGGCGCCAUUUUGGUGGGGCCGGGAGUUUACCAGCGAGAGCGGCGGCGGAGCAGCUCGCUGGGCCCGGCUCGGAGGCAGCGGCGAGUGGGUGCCCGCUGCGGAGAUGGCUAACAUCGCGGUGCAGAGGAUCAAGCGGGAGUUCAAGGAGGUGCUGAAGAGCGAGGAGACGAGCAAAAAUCAAAUUAAAGUAGAUCUUGUAGAUGAGAAUUUUACAGAAUUAAGAGGAGAAAUAGCAGGACCUCCGGACACACCAUAUGAAGGUGGAAGGUAUCAACUAGAGAUAAAAAUUCCAGAGACAUAUCCAUUUAAUCCUCCUAAGGUGCGGUUUAUCACCAAAAUAUGGCAUCCUAAUAUUAGCUCAGUCACUGGGGCCAUUUGUUUGGAUAUUCUGAAAGAUCAAUGGGCAGCAGCAAUGACUCUAAGAACAGUGUUGUUAUCGCUGCAAGCAUUGUUGGCAGCUGCAGAACCAGAUGAUCCACAAGAUGCAGUAGUGGCAAACCAGUACAAACAAAAUCCAGAAAUGUUUAAACAGACAGCUCGACUUUGGGCACAUGUGUAUGCUGGAGCACCAGUUUCUAGUCCAGAAUACACCAAAAAAAUAGAAAACCUUUGUGCUAUGGGCUUUGAUAGGAAUGCAGUAAUAGUGGCCUUGUCUUCAAAAUCAUGGGAUGUAGAGACUGCAACAGAAUUACUCCUGAGUAACUGAGCCAUGUAGAGAGAGCUGCUUCAGUAGUCCAGCUUGCCCCUUCUGGAGGAGCAUCACCAUCUGUUAUUUUUAGGAUUCUAUAUAGAUUCUCUUUUAAAACUGGCACUCUUGCCUGAUGAUGCUAUCUAGGCACUAUUGGAGACUGAAAAAAACCGCUCUGUAAAUAAAGCUAAUUAAACGUCUGUGUAAAUUUAAAAAGGGGAAAUACUUUAAUUUUUUUUCUUACUAAAUAUUGUAAAAAUUCUUUGAGCUCAGCUAAAAUAAUGGGGGAAAAACAUGCCUACUUUAGUGUUUAGCAGUGUGACGAAGACUAGCAGGAACUUGCUUCAGGAUUUUGAUUUAGUAAUUCGGAAAGCAACAUUUUUGAGUGUUAGUCAUCAAAAUUGUUGGUGCCACUCAUCACAGCUAUCUUACUGUUUUCAACAUGGAUCCUAUGUGCCUGUGGAUUGACCUAUAUUUGCAUGCUUGUACUUAAUAGACAUAUUAGGUAGGGUCGCUGAAGAGAGCACCAUUGAAAUACUCGAGUGUUCUUGUAACUUUUUUCCUGAAAGACUUUCAAGACUUACCCAAAGUUCCAAAUGGUGACCUAUUCAGAACCGGUUUCUUUCUAGCUUAUUAAUUGGGAAGCCUGAUUCUCCUCUCCCUUACAUCAUACAGCUGAAAAUCCUCACUAGAUUAUGUUUCAUCAUCUGUGGGUAUUAUGUAUGCCAUUUACAGUAGUCUAGGCUCCCCUUUAAAAAAUAUAUUUUGAAUUAUCAGUAAUGAUUUUCAUCCAUCAUGUUUUCUACACAAUCUUGUAAGGAGUAUGCCUCGAUAUAGCACAAAAAGAUGGAGCUGGUUUUCUUUCCUUUUUUUUUUGUCUUAAAUAGAUGUAAAAUGUUCUUCAGUACAUUCUGGAUAAUAUGACUUCACUGUGUUUGAAGGAGGAAAAAGCUGAAUCUCUAGCGUACUGAGAAUUAAAAAAAUUUUUCUUUGAGUACUUGAUAUGAUGCAAUCAGCUGUUUUUUGCAGCGGUUUUCUAGCUUUAUUUUGGGCUUCAAUUUAAGGAUUGCUUACCAGGUACUUUAAAAUUCAUCCUUGCUUGCAUUUUUCUCUAGUUGACACAUGGAGGCUGUGUUGGUGUUUUUACUGUACAUACUUCAAAUGCACAUAGAAGUAGAAGUGUGUUCUCAGUUUAGCUUUCUUUUGGAUUGAUGUUUCUGAUAAACGAGAACUGAAAUCUUAUCUUGGCUUGUACAUACAGUCAGUCUUUUUAUUCGUAUUAAAAUGACAUUUCAUCCUGAG